AUCUUUCCAGCUUCCACGUCACGAGGAAGUUGUGGCGACCCCAGGAGAAAGCUCGCCAAACGGGCCGACUGACUUUACUAAAUGUAAAUCAUACAACUGCCAAGGAAGGCUGCUUUCCAACCUAUUGGUGGUGAAUUGAGGUGAAAAGCCAGUCAGUCAUAUUCGUCGGAUUCUUCGAGACCAUUCCAAGUCCGGCAGCAAAAUGACAGCUGCGGAGAACGUUUGCUACACUCUCAUCAAUGUCGCAUCUGACUCGGAGCCCCCCACUGAAGUCUGCUUGAAGACUGAUCUGGAAAAGGGGGAGAUUAAAGCAAAAACUGAGGCGCUGAAGAAAGUGAUAAUCAUGAUCCUGAAUGGCGAGAAGUUGCCAGGUCUGCUGAUGACCAUAAUCCGCUUUGUGCUGCCACUUCAAGACCACACCAUCAAAAAAUUGCUGCUUGUUUUUUGGGAGAUUGUGCCCAAAACCACGCCGGACGGCAAGCUGCUCCAGGAGAUGAUCCUGGUCUGUGAUGCCUACAGGAAGGACCUACAGCACCCCAAUGAGUUCAUCCGAGGCUCCACCCUCCGUUUCCUGUGUAAGUUGAAGGAGUCUGAGCUGCUUGAGCCUCUCAUGCCAGCAAUCCGCGCUUGCCUGGAGCACCGGCACAGCUAUGUCCGCCGGAAUGCCGUGCUGGCCAUUUACACCAUCUACAGAAACUUUGAACAUCUCAUCCCGGAUGCUCCAGAGCUGAUCCAUGAUUUUCUUGUGAAUGAAAAAGAUGCCAGCUGCAAGAGGAACGCUUUUAUGAUGCUGAUUCAUGCAGAUCAGGAUCGAGCUCUGGAUUACCUCAGCACAUGCAUUGACCAGGUUCAUACUUUUGGAGAUAUUCUACAGCUGGUCAUUGUGGAGCUGAUUUACAAAGUGUGUCACGCAAACCCUUCUGAGCGUGCCCGCUUUAUCCGUUGCAUCUACAACCUGCUUCAGUCCUCCAGUCCGGCUGUAAAGUACGAGGCGGCUGGCACACUUGUAACACUCUCGAGUGCACCCACAGCGAUUAAGGCCGCUGCCCAGUGUUACAUUGAUCUGAUUAUCAAGGAGAGUGACAACAAUGUGAAACUCAUCGUCCUUGAUCGUUUGAUUGAGCUUAAGGAACAUCCCACUCAUGAGCGUGUACUCCAGGACCUUGUGAUGGACAUUCUACGUGUUCUCGGCACUCCUGACCUGGAAGUGAGAAAGAAGACCUUGCAGCUGGCCCUGGACCUCGUGUCAUCGCGCAAUGUGGAAGAGUUGGUGAUCGUUUUGAAGAAAGAGGUGAUCAAGACGAACAAUGUGACUGAACAUGAAGACACAGACAAGUACAGGCAGCUCUUGGUGCGCACUCUUCACUCCUGCAGUGUGCGUUUCCCUGACAUGGCGGCCAAUGUCAUUCCUGUGCUGAUGGAAUUUUUAAGUGACACAAAUGAAGCAGCCGCCGCUGACGUGCUGGAGUUUGUGCGAGAAGCCAUUCAAAGAUUUGACAUCUUAAGACCGCUUAUCAUUGAGAAGAUGCUGGAGGUCUUUCAUGCUAUUAAAACAGUCAAAAUCUACAGAGGUGCGCUGUGGAUCUUGGGUGAAUACUGCAGCACAAAAGAAGACAUCCAGAAUGUGAUGACAGAAGUCCGCAGGUCACUGGGAGAGAUUCCUAUAGUGGAGAACGAGAUAAAGAAAGAGACGGGGGAGUUGAAGCCAGAGGAUGAAGUGACUGCAGCUCCAGCUCAGAAGCUGGUGACGGAGAUGGGCACUUAUGUGACGCAGAGUGCGCUCAGCUCCUCCAGGCCUUCCAAAAAAGACGAGGAUAGGCCUCCGCUAAGGGGCUUCUUGAUGGAUGGAGACUUCUAUGUGGCUGCUUCUCUCGCCACAACACUGACCAAAGUGGCUUUGCGCUACAUUGCUCUUGUCCAAGAUAAAAAGAAACAAAAUUCUUUUGUUGCAGAGGCCAUGUUGAUCAUGGUCACCGUGCUGCACCUGGGCAAGUCCUCUCUGGCCAAGAAGCCGAUUACAGACGACGAUGUGGACCGCAUCUCGUUGUGCCUCAAGGUCCUGUCAGAGUGCUCGCCGCUCAUGAAUGACAUCUUCAACAAGGAGUGCCGCAAAUCCCUGUCACAUAUGCUGACUGUCAGACUGGAGGAGGAGAAGCUUUCACAGAAGAAAGAGUCUGAGAAGCGUAAUGUAACAGUGCAGGCAGACGACCCGAUCUCCUUCAUGCAGCUCACAGCCAAAAAUGAGACGACCUCGAAGGAGGACCAGUUCCAGCUCAGUCUGUUGGCUGCUAUGGGCAACACUCAAAGGAAGGAAGCCGCUGAUCCCCUGGCUUCAAAACUCAACAAGGUGACCCAGCUGACGGGUUUCUCAGACCCAGUGUACGCAGAAGCCUAUGUCCAUGUCAACCAGUAUGACAUUGUGCUGGAUGUGCUGGUGGUCAACCAAACCAGUGACACGCUCCAGAACUGCACCCUCGAGCUCGCUACUUUAGGUGACCUCAAGCUUGUUGAAAAGCCUUCCCCACUUACUCUGGCCCCUCACGACUUUGCUAACAUCAAGGCUAACGUCAAAGUAGCGUCGACUGAAAAUGGCAUCAUCUUCGGAAACAUAGUGUAUGAUGUCUCCGGGGCUGCAAGCGACAGGAACUGCGUUGUCCUCAGUGACAUCCACAUUGACAUCAUGGACUACAUCCAGAUGUCAUCCUGUACAGAUGCUGAAUUCAGGCAGAUGUGGACUGAGUUUGAGUGGGAAAACAAGGUGACUGUAAACACAAACAUCACUGAUCUGAACGAGUACCUCCAACAUAUCCUCAAGUCCACAAACAUGAAGUGCCUGACUCCAGAGAAGGCAUUGUCCGGCUUCUGUGGUUUCAUGGCCGCCAACCUCUACGCCCGUUCUAUAUUUGGCGAAGAUGCCCUUGCUAAUGUCAGCAUCGAGAAGCCUAUCCACCUGGGGCCAGAUGCACCUGUCAACGGACAUAUACGCAUUAGAGCCAAAAGUCAGGGGAUGGCCUUGAGCCUUGGUGACAAGAUCAACCUCUCCCAAAAGAAGGCAACUCUCUGAAAGAACUCGCAGAGCAACUUGAUCCUUUUGACCUUGUAAAAGUCACCCACUCUUCUAUGUAUCAUCCCACUUGCAAUUCUGCACAUUUACAAUUCCGGAUGGUCAGUGGCUCCGACACUGCUUUUUUCUUUCUUUUUUUUUUAUCUACUCAUUUCUGGUUCAUUUGAAAGAAAUGUCCAUUAAAAGAGCCUUAAACAAUGUAUUUAUUCGUUCUGUCAUUAAUAUACUGUCUGAAAACGAUUGUCUCACAAUUAAAUACACCGUUUAGAUCAGAAUUUAUGAACAUUGUUCCCCUUGUGUAAUUUUCACCUGAAUGCACUAAGGUACUUUUUUUUUGAAAGACCAAUCAUUAAAAAAAUGCUGUUUGGGAAUACUGCAUGUAGUGCCAACUUUUUCCUCAUGUCGUAGUUAUUACUAAAUUGUAGCGCAGCUGGCAUCAUAUUCGGGGCAAGGCUUUUUUAAUGAAGGCUUUAUUUGUACACAUAUAUUUUCCUCAGAAUAC